UUUUUUAUUUUGAUAUAUUUCUGAGGCGGAACCUGGAGUGAAAGUGCGAUCCCACUGUAUUUCAUCUCGUCUCACUCCGGGUGUGUAUUUUCAACGACAGAGAGACAGCGAUCGAUAUUUGCAGCAACAGAUCGAAAAUCUGUUUAUCGAUUUGUUGGAUCUGCGUUUGUGAAUUGUGGGAAAGAAGAUGGUUACCAAAACAGAGGAGACUCAAUUGAACAGGCUUGAAAAUCAGGUCGACAACGGCGGCGGCGGCGCCUGGGACUACCUCUGCCUUGUCAGAAAGCUCAAGGUUCGCCGUUCCCAGAAGGUUCUGAAGCAUGGCCUCUCCAUCUUGAACGACCCCAAACAACGAUCCUCUCUAGGCGCCGAUGAAUGGACCUUGUACGAACAGGUUGCAGUUGCUGCUAUGGAUUGUCAAUGUCUCGACGUUGCCAAGGACUGUACAAAGGUUCUUCGGAAGAGAUUCCCAGAUAGUAAAAGAGUUGGUAGGCUGGAGGCAAUGUUGUUUGAAGCAAAAGGAUCCUGGGAUUUGGCAGAAAAGGCUUACGCAAGCCUUUUGGAGGACAAUCCUCUUGACCAAGUCAUCCAUAAGAGGAGGGUGGCAAUGGCAAAGGCCCAAGGCAACAUUUCUGUGGCUAUUGACUGGCUUAAUAAAUAUCUAGAAACAUUCAUGGCAGAUCAUGAUGCAUGGAGAGAACUGGCUGAAAUAUACGUUUCCCUGCAAAUGUAUAAACAAGCAGCAUUUUGUUACGAGGAGUUGAUAUUAUCUCAACCUACUGUUCCACUAUACCAUUUAGCAUAUGCUGAUGUGCUUUAUACGCUUGGUGGAUUAGAAAACCUCCAAACUGCCAAGAAAUACUAUGCGUCUACUAUUGAUUUGACUGGAGGCAAAAACACCAGAGCGCUCUUUGGGAUAUGCCUGUGCGCUUCUGCUAUUACGCAGCUUACGAAAGGGAAAAGCAAGGAGGAGAAAGAAGGGUCACAGUUACAAUCUCUAGCGGCCAAAGUAUUGGAGAAAGAUUACAAACAGAGAGCUCCGGACAAGCUUCCUCAACUUACAACUGCCUUAAAGAGUUUAACAUUGUCAUCAUGAUGCAGCGUCUCUUAAAGAUUAUUAUUUGAUCACUUUUUGAAAUUUUCUAAGAUUGUUGCCAGCUUGAAUUAACGCACUUAGAUUUUCUGAGUCAUUUUCUUCUCAAUAUUAAAAUGAAAAUUCUUAACUUUCUGCA